ACCGCUAAAAGAUCUUCUAAAACGUACUUUUAAAAAUCUAUGUGGUUUACAACUGUGCUAAUCACAAUGAUAAGGAAUUAACUAAACUGCCGUUUAGAUGCAAGACUGGUUUUGAUGGUGCUACAGGAUAUAGUGUUUACAAACAGCUAGGAUUCAAGCAAACGGGAAAGUAACAAUAAAUGUUUAUGGUGCGAAAAAUAACGAUCUUCAGCUGAAAAAAAAUAACCUAUUGCAAAAUUAUGCAUAUUACACUCCCGUGAAAGAUCGAACUCGGGUGUGGCAAACUGGAAAUAAAAGUAAUAAGGUUUUUCAAUAUAAAGACAAAAAUUUAUACAAUGAUCAAAGUUGGAACACUAAUAGUAAUGACUUACUACUUUCAAACGGACUACAAGCUGAGAUCGGUACUCAAGAAAAUUCUAAUUUUGACAAAAUAAAUUUAAACCCAAAUUUUAUGCCACAAGACGAUGGAAUUGAUAAAUUAUCUGAUACGUGGCCCAACAGCCUAGAUUGGCAGGAUGACCAACAUAGAUUUAGAAAUGCUCAAAGAAAAAAAAUAUACGCGCAAAAUCAAAUUCAAAAAAGUUUGCUUGGUGAACUGCUAGAGCCUUUAAAUCCAGAAGAUAAUCCAAUCACCUCAAUGAAAAAAAUUGGCGUUACAUCUUUUGGUGCUAUUUUACAAGCGAGCAGCAGUAUUAAAGAAAUUUUCAACUUUGAUCAAAAGUAUACAAUAUUUGCACCAAGUAACAGUGCAUUUCGUACAAUGAAUAAUGAUAAAAAAACAUUCCUGAUGACAAAUAGAAACUUAGAAGACUUUUCCAGUUAUCAUAUCUGUUAUGGAUACAUAUACACUGAUAUUUUAGACCGCUCAGAAUUUAAGACAUUGAGCUCAAAUUACCUUACAAUAUCGACUUCAUUAAACACAAUAUCUGUUCAAUCGGCAAACAUUAUUGAUGGAUACAUUCGUGCCAACAAUACAUUGAUAUACAUUGUCGAUAAGGUUUUGUUUUUCGAGAAAAGUACCUUACUGGAAAUAAUAAAUGCUGAUCCAAGAUUUCAAAUGUAUUCGUAUAUCAUUAGAAACACAACAAUAAAGAAUCUAAUAAAAAAUACUUUUUAUUACACUUUGUUUCUUCCUACUACUUCAAUUUUGCUAAAACAAAACAUAAAUAUUUUGUCGGAAAAUGUAAAUGUUAGGGAGAAUUUCAUUCGAAAUCAUAUGCUUGGACCUGGUGUUUUAUAUUUUAAUAAUUUUCAGCAAGGAGUAAUAUAUCGAUUAAAAACAAUGAACCAUGUACCUAAAUUGCUUACCGCGAGACGUGUGGACUCAGAUACUUUAAGAAUUGACAAUAGAGUAAAGGUUGUGGAAAAAGAUAUACUUGCUAGAAAUGGUGUUAUUCAUAUUAUAGAUGGAGUGCUCUAAUCAAAUAUUUGAAAUAAUUGGGAAUAACAUUUGUAUUCACCAAAUUAUGAUAAACUUCAAUAUCUUCAAGUAAAAACUUAUUUGACCUAUUUAAAAAAUAAAGUCUACAACAUUAAAUUACGCACUUGACAAUUGUUUUGACAACACUUGUACAAGUGUCGUUGCGUAUUUUCGUCGUAUGUGAACGCGUGAUGUACAAGUGUAUAAAUUUUUGAUAUAGUUAUAGUCAAAAUCAAGCAAUAUUAAAGACAAAUUUGAUUCCAAAUUCAGCUUACAAUUUUAUUUCGUAAAAUGUUUUUAGAACAUCUAAAAUAAAACAUACACACAUCUACUCGCACAUUACAUUUAUGUUUAUUUGUUUAUUUUUCCGUUAAAAAAUAUAUUGAAUCCAUACAAAUGCAUAUAACUGUAAGUAAUUUAUGGGGAAU